GUAAAUACUUCCGGUUACUAUUUUGUUUACUGUGUAAACUGUGUUGAUUGUCCUCGUAACAAAAUAAUAAAUAAAUAAAGUCUCGAGUGUUGUUUUUCGUUAAAACAUUUAAAAAUGCCAAAAGUAAGACGUAGUAAAAAAUCUCCACCCGAAGGUUGGGAAUUAAUUGAACCCACUUUAGAAGAAUUAGAGCAAAAAAUGCGUGAAGCUCAAACUGAACCACAUGAAGGAAAAAGAAAGCACGAAUCAUUGUGGCCGAUUUUUAAAGUCCAUCAUCAAAAAUCACGUUACAUUUAUGAUUUGUUUUACCGAAGAAAAGCUAUCAGUCGAGAACUCUAUGAAUAUUGUCUGAAUGAAAAGAUAGCGGACCCGAAUUUAAUUGCAAAAUGGAAGAAAGUUGGUUAUGAAAAUCUUUGCUGUUUACGAUGCAUACAAACUCGGGACACGAGUUUUGGUACAAAUUGUAUUUGUCGAGUACCGAAAGGCAAAUUAGAAGAAGGAAGAAUUGUCGAAUGUAUUCACUGCGGUUGUAGAGGAUGUUCCGGUUAAUUAUUUAAAAAGAAUGACAAUUAGCUUUAAUAAUUGAAAAAGAAAUAAUGUACAUAUUUAAUGAUUAGUAACACUAAGUUAAAUUGUAAAAAUUUUUUAAUACUUUUACAAUCUCAAAUUGCAUUAAAAAAAUGUAAGAAUGCAAUGAAUUUGUUGUCAACAUUUUUUGUUUUAUAAACGAACAAAUCACAAAAUUAGAAAGAAAAUCAUGAAGCUUGUAUUUACAAAAGUAUAUAAAUAAAUUGAAAAAAUGAA